AUCCACAGGAUUCUACAUUACCAUCUUUUCUCUAUAAUUUAAAUAACCUUAUAUUACAUGCAAAGUUUAUGCUUGCAAGUUUGAAAACAUUUCCUUCUUUUUUAUUAUAAGAAAUAUGAGUGCUUAUAACGUAAUAACAUCAGAUUUUGUAAAUCUAUCCAUUACUAAUUCUAGCCAAAAUUCAUAUUGUGUAGAACGACGAUUUCAGAAAGGAAUAACAAUUGAUGAAUUUAAAGGAAAAUUGGAACUUCUUACUGGUGGUAAUCCAAAAACAAUGAAAAUUGAAGUAUAUGACAAAAAUGAUAAAUUAAUUUGCAAAUUAGAUGAUAACCAACGUUUAUUAGGAUCAUAUCCUAUCGAUGAUGGAAUGCGAUUACAUGUAAUAGAUAAUUUUUCUCGUACUGAAGAAAAUUUAAGUAAUGUAGAAAAAUUUGAAAUAUCCGAAGAAGAAUAUGCUAAAAGAACGGAUACAGUAAAGGCAUUUUUGGAAAAAAAUAAGUUAGGAAAAUAUAAUGAAGAAGAAAUGAAAAGAAAGGCAGAAGAGAAAAAACAAGAAGAAGAAGCAGAAAGAACAGCUGCUCAAUUAUGUAAAAUUGGUUCUCGUUGUGAAGUUUGUGUACCAAAUCAACCAAAACGAAGAGCUAUAAUCAUGUAUGUUGGCAAAACUGAAUUUAAAGAAGGUUGGUGGAUUGGAGUAAAAUAUGAUGAACCACUUGGUAAAAAUAAUGGGACUGUUAAUGGAAAAAAGUAUUUUGAAUGUUUACCAAAAUAUGGUGGAUUUGUAAAACCAAUACAUGUGAAAGUAGGAGACUUUCCAGAAGAAGAAUUUGAUUUGGAUGAAGAAUUAUAAAAUAUUAAUAUAUUUAUUUAAUGUGAUUUUUAUAUAUUAAAAAUUAAAAUUUAAAAAAAAAUUCUUAAUAAUAUUAAUUAUAUAUAAAAACACUUAAUAUUUUCUUCGUUUUAUUAUAUCUGGUCUCCAAUUUACUGGAUGUGUUUCUUCGCAGUAUCAUCUUCUUUAUAAACUUUAAUCGUUUUAUCUGCUUCCGUUGUAAUCAUACGAGUACCAGACAUGUCAAAUGUAAUACUAAAUACUCCAGCUUCACUAUCCAUUGAACCCGGUUGAACGGGUGCUUGUAAACGUUGGAAAUUAUACCUUAAAAUUUAUAUAUUUGAGCAAUAUUGAAUAAAUUUAAAAAAUUCUUA